UUUCCAUUUGUCCCGGUCUUUUGAGGACAAAGUCACAACCAGAAUGCAGAGCGUGGCCGUCCGGCUCAGGCGGAAUUACACAUAAAUAGCGACGGACCAACAAAAAAUGUGCUCUGAAUGUGUGAAAGAAGAGUUCCCCAAUCGGGAUAAUAUAUGUUUGGAGAAUGGCUCCUACAUCAUGAACUUCGCUGGUUGCAGCCAGUGCAAGAAGAAGGAACCAAUCGCUGUUGAGAAUCGAGUGAAAGAUGAGCAUGAAGAUGGAACGGAAUCUGUGACUUAUCAACAUGUGUGCAGUUCAUGCCAACACGUCAUAGCCAAUCACGACUUCACAUUUGACAUUGAUGAAGAGUAUCAGAACUACAGUAUGAUGUGCUUACUCUGCGGGAGAGGGGAGGACUCGAGGAGUAUUAUGCCUGUUGAUAAAAGGUGCUAACCAGAACAUCCAACAAAGGUUUGACAGAGACUGGUGUGAGGACGACAGUGCUAGCCUGGAUAGGCUUUGGAAUCUUACUAGACUCAAUAUAGGUUUCCUUCCUCCUACAGUGUUUGAGAUGUCUCUUCAGCACCUGUAUCAGAUUUAGGGUGUUGGACUCUUCAUCUGAUCAGUUGUACAGCAGGAUGGGGAGAAGCACAUGGGUGUCUGCCUCCACUGAGGAAUUGCUCAGUGAGUUUGAUGUUGUGAGUAUUUGAGUACUUAUAUAUUUGUUUCAAAUUGUAA